CGUUCAAAACGGCACGACUAGCCCUGCAUUAGGGAGAACCCCAUGUCGUGACAUUGUUCUAUCUACUGGUGCACGACUAACCCUGGAUGCACAUUGACGCCUCAAGUUCCUGCCUUCGCGACUGAAUUCGCUUCAUAUGAGAAGGGAACCCUUUUGAAGGUGCGCCACCUUGAAGGUCGCUUACUUAUAUUCUUUGAGGAGGCUUGUUCACCCACACGAAUAAUGAGAUCUAGUCCCUUAUUUGUAAGCUGAGCAUGAAUAAUGCAGUGCGGCUUACCACUUCUCACCCUGGGUCAAUACAGGGGCGAUCUUUGACAAAAUAUACACCGCGUCUACCGGGAUACAGUCUCCAAAUAUGUGUCAGCCAACUAGCAACAGCAGGAAUAAAAGCUAACGUGUUGGCAAAUUAAUUUUCCAAUAUUCUCAGAACUUGAACAUGGCAGAUCUCAGCGUAGCGACGACAAUGUCUCUCUCCGGACGCAUAGGUUUGAUUACUGGAGGCGGAACGGGGAUAGGACUCAGCAUCGCAAAAGCUUUUGCUGCGGCAGGAGCGAAAGUAUAUAUUACCGGCCGAAGGUUGGACGUUCUGGAGAAAGCCGCUACAUCUGUCACAGGUGUGGCGGGAUCUAUUGUCCCGUUCCAAAUGGACGCGACAGAUGAAGAAAGCGUAAAGGCUGGUGUUAAGCACGUCGAAGGAAUUGACGGCAAGCUUGACAUCCUCGUGAACAAUGCCGGUUUCGCCGCCUCCCUUCGCGAUCCCGACUUCUUUACAAAGAAGUUGUCGGCAAGUGACCCCUUUGAGCCCGAAACGGUACAGAAUUGGGCAGAUAUGUUUGCGCUGAACACCAUCACGCCGUUCUUUGUCGUCCGGGCCUUCCAAUCUCUUCUCAUCAAAGGAGCACACUCUCGCCCACAGGGAACAUCGAGCGUCAUUAAUAUCAGCAGCAUAGCAGCAAAUAUACGGUCGUCGCCAGGUGGAAUUUCGAUGGCGUACGCGCCAACGAAAGCCGCUUUGAACCACCUCACCCUCACUCUCGGGACGAGCUUUGGUACUAGGGACAUUCCCAUUCGUGUGAAUGCGAUCUCGCCUGGGCCGUUUGAAUCGCAAUUGACGUCUCCCGAAUUCUUGGAGUUGCUUAGGACGUCGAUCAUGCCUGGGUUGGUGGCGCAGAUACCUGCGAGAAGGCAUGGGAGCGAAGCAGAGAUGGGUAUGACUGCAGUGCUCUUGGCGGUCUCUGACUAUACGAAUGGAGCCAUCCUGCGUAUCGACGGUGGAAUUUCGUUAGUAAACCCGUAAUUAUCUGUACUUGUAUGUAGACAACGGAGUCGCUUUUAGAAACCAGCUCGCUCUUCGACUGUUAAGCUUCAUUUCCA